AUGACAGUCUGUUGCGUGGAGCUUGAAGUACCCACAGCACUUACAAACAUCCUUGUUUCCCACCACAUCAUCUUCCUCCAGGAGACAACUGAAACAAAUUUCUACUUGCUCAAGAGCAUCUGUUUGCAUUACAACAUGACCCUAAUCUACAAAACAAAAAAGAGCCUGACAAUGAUUGUCAUAAACUACCAGCACAUCACUUUCCAAAACAGUAAUACUCUCAAAAGCAUUAGACAAUCAUACUGUUUUACAGACGCCGUCAUCAAAAUCAACGGGUUGAAGAAAUCGAUCCACCUCGUCAGCGUAUACUACCCGAUCACCUCCGAAACCGACAACCAACUCAUCGUCAACAACGCCCUCCGCCAGCUUCCUCGUUCACACCAUAUCAUACUCGGCGGCGACUUUAACCAUAUUCUCGACCCCGAGCUAGAUGCAGUAAAAACAGUAUCCCAACUGGCGCCUAAGCAAGCAGUCACACAUGAAUCCGAGUCGUUCUACAACGACUACAACCUCGUAGAUGUCUUCCGUGUCAGACACCCUACCACCAAAUCAUAUACAAGCAGAAAUACUAACUAA